AUGAAUUGUAUUCACUCGUCUCAUCAAAUCCCCUGUCGAUCUAAUCUGUCCUCUCAUACGCCUCGCGGCAGCUCAUCGUCUAUAAUGUUAGCGCCCGUCAGCAAUGCGAACCCCUCGAGACCCCCGCGAUCUAAGAACCGAAAGGGGGGUAAGAAUUGGCAAAAGUUGUCGGCGAAGGAGAACUCGGGUUCAAACAUGAACUCACAAGCAAACGAUGGCCGAAGCGUUAGUCACGCCCUGUCGAAAGUGUACGAAAUGGACGAAGAGAAGCGACGCUCCCAUAAAGAGUCGACGGUUGAUGUGGUGUUCAAACUGGCUCUCAAAGAGUUUCGCUCCAAUUUAAUCUCUACUUAUUCGGUGGCCGCACAGGACGGACACCUUAAGCUCACCUACAAGAACCUCAUCGACCACUUUGAACAGGUGAUUCGAAAUAUUUGUCAGAAGGAAAACACUUGGAAAUCAUUCCCUGUAAUAAUGGGUGUCAACGCUUUCAGAGGAUAUUUGGAUCAAUUAAGACAAAAACAGAUGGAAUUGAGGGGAGAGAAGCACAUAGAGAAGAGUAAGAGCGACACGUUUGUCAUGUCGGGCGCUGACAACGCAUACAAAGACAAUCCCAAGUUGUCGGCGCACAUAUCAGUGGCCGACACGACUCCGGCCACCAAAUCAUCCAAAAAGCGUAAACGACAGAAAAAGUCGCGUAAAAACAAUAACAUUGACGGCGGAGAGGCCUAUAAAAUCUGUGGCCAUAAUUUCUUGUUAUCGAUGGCCAACAUUCCGACGGUGUGUGAGGUGUGCUCAUCGCUCAUGUGGCUGAUGGAGCGCAUAUGGGUUUGUCGUCUCUGCAAAAUGGCCUGUCAUAAGAAGUGCGCCACUAAACUGACUGCCAUGUGUCGCAUGCAUGAGUUCAACUAUAAGAUGCCGGACGCCAUAGCGGCCAGGGAUGCGAUGGCCAAGUGUUUGUACGGCGCUCUCUUUGACUGGAUUGUAAUGCAAGUAAAUCACGCACUCCUCGCCAAAAAGGACUUUCGUGAUCACAAAGAAGUAUUUUAUUUCAACCAACAUGUGUUCAAAUAUGAACAGGAAGAGUACAUUCGCGAGUCCAUCAAUUGGCGCAACAUUGACUUCAUUGACAACAUAGACUGUCUGACACUAAUCGAGGGGCGACCACACGGGCUGUUGUACCUGUUGGACGAUCAAUGUAACUUUCCCGGCGCUAACAACGAGACCGUACUUCAAAAGUUUGUCAACCAUCACAAUUCGAAUGUGCUGUUCGAAGUGCCCCCCUGUAGACCCGCCCCCGCCUUCACAAUCAAACACUACGCGGGAAAAGUCAAGUAUCAGAUCCGCGACUUUCGCGAGAAAAACAUGGAUCUCAUGCGUCCGGACAUCGUAUCGGUGCUCAAAGUGUCACAAUUAGCCUUUGUUAGGGAACUGGUGGGCGCCGACCCACUCGCUAUAUUCCGGUGGCAAAUCCUCAAAGCCUUCUUUCGCGCCUAUUUUAUAUUUAGUAAAUUGCGUGAAGUUUCUAAAUUGAAACGGGGUCUGAACGAUAACUACAUUAUAAAUGAGAUAUCGAGCGCUCGUAGGAGUCGGACGUCAUUUGAUGCCAAAAAAAUCUUGCAUGGGACGGAUGGCACCAAUAAUGUGAUGACCGGCAACUCCACGCCUGACGCGCCCCCCGUAUCCCGCAUAUCGAAAGCUAUACUUAGCAAACAGGCCCUCUUUGGGGCCGCAUCGACACCGCAGUGCAUUCGGGGAUCGCUUAUUAAAACUGCCUCAUCGUUGUGUCCAAUGCAUGGCAACCAAAUGUCUUUUUGCUCUAACGACGCCAGAGUCCUGUCCAAAGCCAAUCAAAUACUAAUGAAACAUAAGACAAUAGCCCAACAAAAACUUCAAAUAAAGAGCAAAGGCAUUGAGAAGUCAAUAAACAAUUUAAAAACAUUGAAACAAUUAAUGGCUCCUAUGGGUGGCGUUACCGGAAGUCAUCAGCAAUCAUAUCACUCUAAAGGCCAUAACACUCAUCACAAUACGCUGUCGAGGGCCGGACGCAAACAGACUCCUACUGUCACCCAUCAGUUCCAGCUGUCUUUGCAACAACUUAUGGAAGCCCUAAACCUGGCCAACCCUUUCUUCGUGCGAUGCAUUAAAUCCAAUGGCGAUAAAAUAGCCAAUCAUUUCGAUGACGUACUCGUGCUUUUGCAGCUCCGGUACACCGGGAUGUUGGAGACCGUCCGCAUACGACAGUCGGGCUAUAGUGUGCGCUUGAGUUACGAUGAAUUCAUACAACACUAUCGCAUAUUAUUGCCUAAAGGCUUACUCUCCAGUCAGUCCGAUGUGAAACAGUUCUUAGCGCUGAUGAACUUAAACCGAGAUAACUAUCAAAUCGGCAGGAGCUCUUUAAUUGUGAGCUACUUUCCGAUGUGGUCCUCUAUGAGUCUGCAUAACAAUGAGAAGUCGCUACCCAUGCUUCAACAGACAUGGCUGUUGAGGAAGCGCUUUAAGGAGAUGAGAGGCGCAGCCAUUAUAAUCCAAUGCCAUACGAGGCGGUGGAUGGCUCAACAACGGCUCAGUCGACUGAAACGGAUCGCCACUUACGAGAAUUGGGCCGCAAAUUGCAUACAAAAGAAUUGGCGUUCAUUUAAACAGAAACAAUGGUUUGAAAGAUUAAGACAAUCGACUAUUGCUUUUCAAUCCCACUGUCGAGGCUUCUUAUUACGAGCCCGACUCUCAGCCGCCAACACUGCCACCAGUAAAGUGCCCAUCAGUGCCACCACUUCUGCCUCUCCGAUCACCACCGACUCCCGGUUUGUUAACAGACAUGUUAGCGAAGUCAAAGGGUCACUAAGAGAGGAGUUAUUGGACUCAAUACCCAUUAGAAGCAAUACUCAGUCAUCAUCGCUGCCACACCUCGAUGUCUACAGGCGUCCAAAACCCCAUCAAACGGUAUUCACUGAACAAAUUCGUGGCAAAGAGUCCGAAGACUCGUCCGGUAUUCACGAAGAUAUUGACGAUUCAGAUGCAGAGUUGCCACCCGUUGGCGCUGAUCGACUGCCACCGGUUCUGCGGCACAAACGCUUGUCCACCGAUCGGCCGCUACAGACAUUUGAAGUGGACGACGACGACGACGAGUCGGAACCUUUUGGUGAUAAUUAUGAACGCGAAUUGGAAGACAAAUCACGACUCGAUAGGCGUCGAAACCGUGUGGUCAGGAAGUUGUCCCUUAAGAAGUCUAAAUCAAGCAAAUCAGUGACUGACGAUCGCACGCCUGCAUCACAUGAUAUGAGUCCAACAAAACACGUGGACAACAGCGGCGGUCUUAGAGAUCAUCGACAGUUAACCAAAAUAGCCAGCGAUUCAUCUGCUCUGAUGUCAACACAGAGGCAAAGAUUACAGCACUUCGUUGAGCCCUUAGAGCCCAUGAAUGUUGUGAAAGAGGCGAAACUAUCCAAAACAGGUGUAUCGUCGCACAUGCCAUCAUCGCAAACACCUCUAUCCGCGCCCUUACAAGUGAAGCCCUCAUCACUGGGCGAUAGUGUCGGUGCCCUUCAAAAGGCAAAGAAGACGCUCAAGACUUUUAUCGGCAAAAGUUCUUCUGAUAAGUCGGCCAAAAGUCAACUCAAACCACAAGCCAUGCAAACGACCCUCUGUUACGAUUCGGGACCCGAAGAAGUGUCACUGUUGUGCUCGUCUAGUCAACGAUCGGCGCUCAUUAAGCGUCCGUCCAAGUCAUUUGAACCGAUGGCACCGCCGCCUCCACCACAGCGUGACUUCUCUCUAAUGAAUGGCCACUCAAUGCGAUCGCAAACCCAAUUCCGAUCGGGAGAGUUGUGCGCUGUUUGUGAGAACGCCAUGUCUUCUAAGGGUCAGCCGACCGGUGCCGGUGUUAAGUGUGAUGAAUGUAACAGUAAUUGUUUGGAAGCACUUGUGUCUAAAUGUAGUGAUAAUAACGCUUUGAAUGCAUUAAAUAUCAAUGGAUUAUCGCCUCUACAUCUGUGUGUCGAAUGUGGACACGAAUCCGCUCACGACAUGAUUAAAGUGAUCGCCAAUUCUGGGGCCGAUAUUAGGACGGACUGUCAGGUCGAACACCUUUAA